UUUACGAUCGAAGUGAGAAGAACGAUUGUGAGAAAGCUUUUCUUGGUGAUCGAUUGUAAACUUGGUCUUGGUGAUAAGUUAUAUUGUUUGUGUGUCAAGUGUAAUAAGUGUGGAAUUUGGAAUACUUUUUUCUUUGUUUUGUAUAGAAACACAACAUGGGAAAAGACUAUUACAAGAUUUUAGAAAUUAAAAAAGGAGCGACAGAUGACGAAAUCAAAAAGGCAUACAGGAAAUUGGCUCUUAAGUACCAUCCGGACAAAAAUAAAACACCUGGCGCUGAAGAAAAGUUCAAGGAGGUGGCAGAAGCCUACGAAGUGUUGAGUGAUAAGAAGAAGCGCGAUGUCUAUGACCAGUUUGGUGAAGAAGGUUUGAAAGGAAACGUAGGUGGACACACUGGUGGAGGGUCGUCGCCUGGUGGUGGAAACUUUACUUACACCUUCCACGGAGACCCGAGGGCAACGUUCGCUCAAUUCUUUGGCACAGCAAGUCCUUUUGGCACCUUCUUCGACCUCGGAGGUCCUAACAACAGGAUGUUUGCCUCCUCCUUUGGCGGUGAUGAUGAUAUGGACACGGACAUGGAUCCGUUUGGCCUCUCAGGCAUGGGCAUGGGCACAAGAGGCGGACCUGGCGGUGCUUUCCGUUCACAUUCCUUCAACAUCCACGGAAACAACGCAAACCGAGGAAAAGACAAAAUACAAGACUCGCCUAUCGAACACGACCUGUACGUUACAUUGGAGGAUAUUGUCAGAGGUUGUACAAAAAAGAUGAAGAUAUCAAGAAGAGUGUUACAACCAGACGGCACUGCCAAAAAAGAAGACAAAGUUUUAACGAUAAACGUCAAACCUGGCUGGAAAGCUGGAACAAAAAUUACCUUCCAAAAAGAGGGUGAUCAGGGUAGAAACAAAAUUCCUGCAGACAUUGUGUUCAUCAUCAGGGACAAACCUCAUCCACUCUUCAAAAGAGAGGGCAGCGACAUUCGUUACACCGCCAAAAUAUCUCUGAAACAGGCCCUUUGUGGAACGAUAGUCGAAGUGCCGACGCUCACCGCAGAGAAGAUCCCAAUCAACCUAACCAACGAGAUUGUGAAGCCAACGACGGUGAAGAGGCUGCAGGGCCAUGGACUACCGUUUCCCAAGGAGCCAAGUCGUAAGGGAGAUCUCCUAGUUGCGUUUGACAUCAAGUUCCCUGAAAACCUGUCGGCCAGCGUCAAGGACAUUCUGUAUGACACAUUACCGAAUUGAAGAUCAAGUGGCGCAAACGAAAAUAUCAUAACUCUCUCCCGAAGAAAUCCGGUUUUGGAAGGUAUUUUGGAUCUGCACUUCCGUAACUGCAAACAGAAACUGCGGAGUGGAUUUGCUAAGUUGUGUUCGGUGUGCGCGAUCUUCUCGGAUGCAGUUAGUGCCACAGUAUAAAGGCCUCUUCAGGCUUGAAGGUCCUGGCCAAAAUUUGUACUUAGAUUUUAAUUUGAUAAAUAGAUUCCUGAAACUGUUAUUAUGAAUUUUCCCUGUAAAUUGUAUGAUAUUUAAGUUCCUAACCCUAUCAUUCUUCUUCUGACAGGAUGCAAGUUAUUUUUGUAACUUUAUGUAACGCUAGAGCGAAAUGAAUUUUAGAAAAAAAAUUAUGUUCUGUGAACAAACCUACUACUUGUAUUUUAAACUCGAUUUGUUUCCAUUUUUUUUUUUUUUUGUAAUAGGUUCUUUGUUGAUAAUAAUAUCAGGACCAGCUAGGAUGCUUCGCCUCUUGGUUUUGGUUUGUAACAUGAUAACUGCUAUUUUAUUUUAAUUUUGUACAUAUUGUGUUAAUAAUUUUGUUAAUAUUAGUAUUAAGGUGAUAUGAUUAUUUUAUUAUAAUCUAUUGUUUUCAUUAAGAAUAGCUAUUUGUAAAAUAAACAACUCUUUUUCCUA